UUGCAAAGUCUUCCGCCUAAAAAUGGCGUCCGGGGCUAGGCCCUUGGGAGGUGACGGGUUUAGGGAGAGGUCCCUAGUUCUGUUGAUUUCAGCUUGUUAGUCCAGCCCGAGUUUAACCAGCCCCUCCCCACCCCCACCCGCAGCAAGGAUGCUCCUGGGAUUCCGGAGAGGCCGUAAGAGUCAGUUUAAACAUAUCGCCCAUGGCCUUAUUCCUGCAGCCAGCAUCGCCCCGAAGCCAGCUGUGCCCCGCACACCACCUCCCCGCAGCCCUAAUCCCUCUCCAGAGAGACCAAGAUCAGCUCUGGCUGCAGCCAUUCUGGCAACAACACUGACUGGCCGGACUGUCGCCAUUCCCCAGCCUCGCCAAAGGUCCCUGUCCGAGAGUGACACGACCUUCGUCGACAAGGACAGUUUCAUCGAGCCCUAUGCCACCAUCUCGGAGCUGCGACCUCAACCGAAUUGGCAGAGCAAGGCAGGAAGAAGAAACUCUUUGCCAUCCUUUGAGACACUGGGCUACAGGGAGGAGGAGGACUCCGAUACACACCUGUCUUCCAGCUACAAGGACUUGGGGACUGUCAGUGCCCGCAAAGAAGAGGGAGCACUCCCCGAUGCCGUGUACACCUUGUCACACAGGAAUCAGAAGUUUCCAUUGUUACACGGAGCAGACAGUGAAGAUGAGGAAGAAGUUUCAGAGCAAGAUGGGCCUCCAGAUUCAUCUCAUACAUUACUACGCACACAAGAAAAAGAUGAUAAACGUGCUCUGAGUUCAAAGGAUGCCAGGCCACCGUUACGUGACAAACCUCCGCCCUCCCCAGAUUUAACUGGGAGAACACGUCAAAGAUGUAUGGAAAUAACCAAAGAAAAGUUCCAGCAAUUAAAAGAAGAAAAUUUGCACUUACGCAACACAAAUCAAUCCCUUACUCUUGAACUUAACGUAAUAAAACAAGCGAUGAAAGAGCUACAAUCAAAACUGAAGAAAACAGAAAAAGAAAAAGGGAGGCUGAAAGAAGCUGAGAAAACAUCUUCUCAAGAAGCUGAUGCACCUGAGUUACUUUAUCUAAGAAAACAAGCCCAACAACUGGUGGAUGAAAACGACGAGUUGAAAAUGACCGUCCAUCGUUUGAAUGUGGAAUUGAGUAGAUACCAAACAAAAUUCAGGCAUUUAUCCAAGGAAGAGUGUUUAAAUAUGGAUGGCCUCCCAUCAAAAGGCCCUACACCACCCUGGUUGCUGGAUAUGAAGUACCUGUCACCCUUGUUGCUGGCUUAUGAAGACAGAAUGAAGGAGAAGGACGAGCUCAAUGCCACCCUCCAGGAGGAAAUGAGAAUGUUUAAGAUGCGAGUCCAAGAGGUGGUAAAGGAAAAUGAAGAAUUACACCAAGAGUUAAAUAAGAGCAGUCCAGUUACCAGUGAGGAAUGGCGGCAACUUCAGACUCAGGCAGAGCUGGUUUUAGAGGAAAACAAAUUGCUGAUGGAGCAGUUGGAGAUUCAGAAAAAAAAAGUCAAGGGCACCCACCAGGAGCGUCUCCAGGAAGUUUCCAAAUUGACCAAACAACUAAUCCUUCUGGAGACUAAAACACAGAACCAAGAAAAGGAGCUGAGUGGGAACAAGGAGCAGUUGGAAACGUUACGUACCAAAUGCCAAGAACUAAAGAUACAGUUGGAUGGCAAAAUAUCAAUGGAAGUUCAUACUUCAAUUGUAAAUGAUUUAAAAAGUCGUUUGCAGAAGGAAGAAGAGAAAGAACGUGCUGAGAUGGAAGAGCUGAUGGAAAAGUUGGCAGUCCUGCAAAUGCAGAGAAAGAGCCUGCAGUUAGAGAAGAACAGUCUGACAGCGAAGAACAGGGCACUGGAAGCCGAACUUGAGAAGAGACAGAAAAAAGACAGGAGAUCGCAAAAAAAGAUCGAUGUCCUCAAAAAGCAGGUGGAAAAGGCCAUGCAGAACGAAAUGUCAGCUCGCCAGUACCUCGCCAACCUCGUUGGCCUGACAGAGACCGUGACCCAGGAACGCGACAAUCUUAUGUGCUUGGCUAAAUGUUUGGAAAGUGAGAAGCAUGGAGUUCUCAACAAAAUCAUAGAAGGCAACAUUCGCUUGGGAAGAUUAGAGGAAAAAGUUAAGGGCUACAAGAAGCAGGCGGCCAUGAAGGUGGGUGACAUCAGUCACCGGCUGACAGAGCAGCAGGAGGACUUUGAGAGCAGGACGGCUCAGUACCUGCAGGAGAUGCGGCACCUGCACAGGAUGCUGCAGGACAAGCAGCAGGUCCUGGACCAGGCGCUGCGGCAGAACAGAGAAAUGGAAGGUGAGCUUGAGGUCGUUUGGGAGUCAACCUCCAAGGAAAACCAAAGAAUCCGAGAACUUCUGAGGGCCACGCUGGAGAGGAGGGGAGUGCACGAUAGCACCAGAGUGUUCCAGGAGCCAGGUCUCAACGGCCUCUCCCAGGGAGACGCCCUGGAGGGCUGCGCCUUCAGCUACUGUGACUUGAAGCCGCCCCCCACCCCCGACCAGGGCCUGCGGGAGCCGCUGGGCUAGGCCCGGGGCCUGAGAGGCCUGCCUUCCUCAGGACGGAGGAGAGCCAGCUCCCACCUACCGCCACAGCGCAAGGAAGAAAUAAAUUGCCUCAGAAAUGACUUCUAUUUUUUAGAUUUUGCUUUACUUUAACAAUGUGCUCCUGUGUUUUUCCAGCCAAGGCUUCUUUUCUGGCUGCGUGGCCCAUGAGGUGGGUGUGUGGGACCAUGCAUCUGGCUGACAGGGUCUCAGCACCUAGCUCUGCCACUGGGAAGGCGCGAGAAGGAUCAGUUGGCGGGAAGGAGCACCAUCCUGUGUUAGGUGGAUGAGUUUAACUGGAUGAGCCCUCAGAUGGCGUGGCAGGGAUGAGAUCUGUGCAUUAGCUCUGGGUGGAAUUGUUGUUUGGUGAGAAGUGAGGCUGAACCCGGGCCUGGUGACUUGUUCCAAGCCUGCGUGCCUCUCCCCAGGCCUUCUCUGUCCUCCCGGGAAGGUAGUUUCUCUGGGACCAGUAGCCACCCUCCCAGAUUGAGGGCCCUGACUUUGAGCCCAAGGUGGGGGCCCCACCUCCCUGUCACCUCUGGAAAGGAUGCCAGGGGCUGUGUUUCUGCUGCACUCUGUACCUCCUCUUCGGUAGAUCAUCCAGCCUCUUACACCAUUUCACUGGACUUCCUGACAGUAGUGCCAGCUGUCUAGGUCCACUGUCCUGGCGUGCUGGAAGAACGUGGGAACACCAGGCCACAGAGGACCUAAACAUUGGGACAGAAGGGUUAGAAUCCCGAGACAUUGUUUUAUAAAACCCCCCUCCCAGCUAAGGCCUGCAGAAGUUCAUGUGUGCAAAUAGGCCCCAGCACUGGACCCUGGUCAUGCAUCAAAGUUAUACACUUGCUCUUUGAUUGCUGGGUGGGGAAUUGAAAUAGAAAAUCAUACUUCUUUUACAUUUUAUUAAAUGUGCCCAACAGUAAAUGUAUUUUCUUCUUACCAGGACUAGAAAGAUCCACCAGGAUUUAAAACUCUGUAUCAUAUCCCUUGGAGAUGACCUAACAAUUCACCUUGGGUGCUGUGGCAAGGGAGUUCAUGCCAGCUGCCCAAUUCCCUGCAGACAGUGUGAAAAGGGGCACAGCCCUGAGUUUCAUCUUCUAGAUAUGUCCAGAGGUGGAAUCAGAGGUAGCUUGUCCAUGGGAACACUCCCCUAAAGAACCACCUUUGUUACCCCUUUUUCCUGCCUAUUAUGAGAGUAUUUGAUUCCCUUGAGAAGUGGACAUUGUGGGUGACCCUGGCCUGCAUCCUGGCCAGGGAGGGGUAGGGAUCGCGCAGGCUUUGAUUUGCCUGCCUCCUGCUGCUGCUCAGAAAUGGGCGGAUAAGCAUAAGAGUCCAGGGUGCAAAGGGCAGGGGGAAGCUGAGAGGCACAGAGACCAGACUCGGGAUGCUUAGUGAAGGCACAGGAAUGCCCUGGACCUUGCAGAUAGAUGCCUGGGGCUUCUGCAGAACGACAGAAGUUGGGGUGGGCAAAGUGGCCAGACUGUCUGAAAACAGCUGGGGCUGCUGGGAGAGGGCUUCAUCCUCCCCGAGGGUGCCGUUCCCCUUCACCCUGCAGGCUUCCAGGCUGAGCAGUGCCCAGCUCCAUUCUUUCCUGAUCCUGGCGAGUCUUUAGAUGGUGCUGGGGAAGUCCUUGCAGAUUAGAAGUAACCUAGGCAAACAGUUAAAAACGUGACCCAGGAACUCGAGUGAAUCCUGUAGUCUUUGAUCUCAUUUAAAAGCAGCCCUGGGGGGGCCUCCCCGGUGGCGCAGCGGUUGAGCGCUGGGUUGCGAAGCUGCCCGCGGCCUCAGGGGCGCCGGUUCGAUCCCCGGCUGCUCCCCGGCCCCCGGAGGAGGGUCCCACAUGGCGCGCAGACCUCUCCUGCCGCCCGCUGCUCCCCUCACCAUGUGCUUUGUCAGUCUGCCUGUUCUGCUCCCCGCUCUGGCUCUGGUGAAUUCUCUCACCCUCCCGCGCUUCUGACUGUACCCAGUGCUUGUAUAAACAAAACAAACAAACAAAUAAAUAAAACA